AUGGUCACGGACUACGAAGGGCGUGCUUGCCGCUGCGGGUCGAAGAGCGAAUGGCGAACCAGAGGCGAGAGGCGCGCAUAUGUGUCGCGUGGCACUGAGUGUGAUAGGAAGACAGUGGAUGGUGCUAUGAAGGACCGACGCAAGGGUGCGCUGUUCUUCUCCCGUGCGCAAUGGAUGCGCGUGUACCAGGCCCGUGUGGAGAGGGCCAGCAGGAUGCGUGAAGAGAGAGAAUGCGGGUCGCAUGCACAGAGAAAGCAGAGUUGGAUAAAUUACGCGCCAGUGCGCGAGAAGAGAACUCCGGUUUCCCCCACUACGACAUUUGCGUGUCUUUUCGUCGAGGGUACGGCUGCUCCACAGAUGGUGCACUUGCUCCUCCCAUGCAUGACCCAUGACCUAAUCUUCCGUAGUCGCGAGCGCGUGUGCAUAGGAGAGAGCGGCCCGGCCUUCUCGAAAGACGUAGAUGAACUCAGAGAGGAUUGCAGUGAGGAAGGGGUCGUAGCUGAAGGUGCGGCUUGGUCCAUGGGGGGUCGCUGCAUAGAGGACGUCACGACGGAGUGA